AUGGAGCAUGUUUCCUACUUGUGUGACUUAAGCUUCUAUUCGUCAUGUGGAGUUGGGGAUUCGUUAAUUGCGUCUGACAAGAUGGGAGCGGUGCAUAUAGUUGCGCCUGUGAUGAGUGUGCUGUGUGUGGAUCAUUUCAAGAAGGACAUCAAGUUCUAUCCCAUUGAUGACGUAUGCUUUACUACAGCAGACAUGUUCAAGGGAAUACGGGUUUGGGAUAGAUGUCUUGGAGAGGUUGUAUAUUCCUACAAGGAAGACAGUAUUAGGAUGCACACAUAUAGCAAGAAUGGGUGCUUGGCGGCUGUUGGAGAGGGGUGUGUGAAGCUUUACGACCUCCGAGUCAGAUACAAUAUCGAUGCAGUGCCUCUGAGGAUGUGCAGGAAGGCCGAGUGGGGAAAUGAUAGGAUAUACUGUAUCAAUGAUGAGUGUGUGGUUGAGUAUGACACCCGGAACACAAGCAGUAUGGUGUGUGAGGAGAAGAGUGAGGCACAGAUGAAAAAAAAGGGGAUUGAAGGGAUUCUUGACUUUGCCAGUGUCAGCCGGGGGGAGUUCUGCACGGUCCGGAGGGGAAAUACGGUGUAUCUAAUGAGGCUGUCUGGGCUCGAUGUAAUGGAAGGAACAAGAAGAACAUCUAUUGGGGGUAAGAUGAUAAAGGUUAAGGAUUCUCCUGAUGACUUUGUGAUUGGGACAGUAGAUGGAAAUGGAAUAGGCUUUUACGAAUACAAGGAUACCUGGACACAUGAGUUUGAAGGGUUUACAAGUGUGGACUGGAUAUGGUUUGGAAAGAGCAAGACCUACAUGUUUGCGGAUAGAAAGGCAUAUUUUAUGGAGGGAGGAUACGAAAGGUUCAAGAGUGUUAUGAGAGGGGGGCCAGUGAGGGAAUGA